AUGCCUGGCCGACCAAGCCUCGACGCCUCGCUGCGGCGGCUGGUUGAGCGCGAGUGCCAUGCCAGCGGGGAGGUGAGCACUGCGGCGCUCUACCAGCGACUCUCCGACGUGGCCAGCCGUCUCUCUCUCAGCGAGGCGUGGGUGGAGCGCUGCCGCUCCGACCCUCUUGAGUGUGGCACCGCGCAGGGUGGCCGACUCAACCGGGCGGGCCGGCGGCUCUGCGCGCUCCGGCUUGAGACGCUGCACCGCCUCGAGGGCCGGCUCGAGACGUGCAUCACGGCACGGGCGUCCCUCCGAGGCCUGAUGCUGCACUACUGCACAGAAGCCGAUGAAGCGCAGUGCUGCUUUCGCCUCUCUGCGCAGGAUCGGCCAGACCGCGCGCCCAAGCUGCUCCUGGCCAUGACGGCGGCCCGACAUCGGAAGGCAAGCUUCCGCAUCUGGCCCGCGAGGCUGAGCGAGCUUGACGAGCGCGCGCUCCGCACCGGGCUCGGCCCUGCCGCUCUCUGCGUCGCCCUGGCGGAGGAGUACGAGGCCGUCGACCGGCUGGCCGCCGCCCUGAGCCGCGCCGACCGCCGCCAGCGGCGCCGCCGCGACGCGGCCGAGCCGGCGCGCAGUCCGGGCGGCUCUCAGGGCGGGCAGGGUGGCGGGCAGGCUCUCGGGCCGGCCCUCGGUGGCGGCCUCGCUGCGUGCGGGCGAGCCGCCGAGUCGGGAGCGGCGGCGGAGGCGGGUUCGGCCUCUUCCGCCGGAGGAGUGGCGGCGGCCACCACCAGCACCACCCUUUUGCUCGUGCGGCACGGGGAGACGCAGGCGAAUGCGGCCGGCGUGCUGCAGGGGCAGAGCGAGUCGCAGCUGACGGCUCGCGGGCGCGCGCAGGCCGCGGCGGUGGGGAUCGCCUUGCGGUCACGCCUCUCGGCCGCGGGAGUGCGUGUCGCGCCGGGGCUCUCCCCCGCAGAGUGCGCUCGCCGCUUUCCGGCGACUUGGGCGGCCUUUAGCUGCGGCGAGUUUGAUUGCGGCGUGCGGCCGCCACCGGCCGAGGAGGGCGCCGACGCGGCGGGCGGGAUCGAGGCGGUGGGCAGCAUGGCCGCGCGCUGCUCCGACGUCCUCGGCGCGAUUGCGGCGAGGCACCCAGGCGGGACGGUCGUCGCGGUCUCGCACGGCGGGCUGGUGCACACCGCUUGCGUCGAGGUUGGCGGGAUGGACGGCGAGGUGCCUCACAUCAGCAACGGCUCGGUCACCACCCUAAAGUGCGACGGGGCGGGUGCUGCCGGCGGGGCUUGGCGCGUCGAGCAGGUCGGAGAGGUGAUCGUACCGAGGGACGGCGGCGGCGCCACCGCGACCGAGUGGCGCGCGCGGCCCAACGUGGACAUGGCGGGGGGGCGCCAGUAG